AUGAAGUUCACAACCGUUCUCGUGGCCCUCGUUUCUGCCGUCCCCGUUGUCUUUGGUCUUACCAUCAACACACCAGCCAAUGUUGUUGAGUGCCAGCCCAUUUUGUUCAGUUGGUCUGGCGGACAGUCUCCCUACUACUUGACCCUCGUACCUGGCGGGCAAUCGAUGGCGGCAGCUAUCAAGUCCUUCCCUACACAAACGGGUACUUCCUACACGUGGAACGUUGAUCUUCAAGCCAACACUAUCUUUAACAUUGCUCUCAAGGACACCACUGGUGCUGUGGCAUACUCUGAUAUCAUCACUAUCAUGCCUGGCAGCGACACCUCAUGUGUUAACACAGCAGUAAACGAGGGUGGCGCGUCGAGUGGCAGCGCUGCUACCAGUGGCACCUCUACGCCGACCUCUGGAUCCUCUGCAUCUCCGUCUGGUACUAGCUCUUCUGGUGCUAAAACUUCUGCUACUACCACUGCAUCCUCUGGUACGGCCCAGAAGACCGGCGCUGCCAGUAGCCUUUCUGUCUCUUCGGCAAUGGGUGUCGCUGGCGUGAUGGGUCUUGUUGGUGCUGCUCUUUUCUAA